CCCGCUUUCGUAUAUACAUAAGUCAUAAACCCAACCCAUCCAUCGAUUGUAAAGGAAAAAAAAAAGAAAGGAAGGAAGGGAGGAAGGAAAGAAUUAAUAAAAUUAAAUAAAAGAAAAUCGCAGAUCAGACAGAGAAAAACCCUAACCUAAAUCUAAAUGGGGAAGAAGAAGAAAAGAGUUCCGUCAAAGGUAUGGUGUUACUAUUGCGACAGGGAAUUCGAUGACGAGAAGAUCCUGGUGCAGCACCAGAAAGCCAAGCACUUCAAGUGCCAUGUCUGCCACAAGAAGCUCUCCACCGCCGGUGGUAUGGCCAUCCACGUUCUUCAGGUUCACAAGGAGUCCGUCACCAAGGUUCCUAAUGCAAAAACUGGCAGAGAAUCGACUGACAUUGAAAUAUACGGAAUGCAAGGAAUCCCGCCUGAUGUGCUGGCUGCUCACUAUGGAGAAGAAGAAGAAGAAGCUCCAUCAAAAGCGGCCAAACUGGAUAUCCCAUCUACUCAGCUUGUGGGAGGAUUGAUGCCAGGGCCACUUGGUGUUGGAUAUCCUCCUCAGUCAACUUUAGGAGCAGUGCAGCCAAUGUAUAAUGCUGCAGUGCCUGUACCUCCUGUUGGUUGGGCAGUUCCACCUCGUCCACAGCCUUGGCUUCCACAGCAUCCAGCAGCUUCAGUUCCUUUAUCUGCACCUAUGGGAUAUGUGCAGCAGCCAUUAUUUCCAGUGCAAGGUGUGAGGCCUCCUUUGGCAGUGCCUUCAACAUCACCUUCACUCCAACCUUCACAAAUUGCUCCACCUGGAUUGCCGGUGUCAGCACCUACACUUCCUGUAUCCCAACCUUUGUUCCCUGUUGUCAAUAAUAGUGUACCGGCUCAAAGCUCACCAUUUUCUGCUUCUUUGCCAACAAGUGUUCCAGAAGGAAAAGGUUCAAUUGAAGCGCAUUCAAGUGGUAGUGCUUCUCUGACAGGCGGAGCUGGAGGCAAUUCUCAUUCUUAUGCCUCUGGUCCGAAUACUGGUGGUCCAUCUAUUGGACCACCCCCUGUUAUUGCAAAUAAAGCUCCUGCUAUCCAGCCAGCAGUAAACGAGGUUUAUUUAGUAUGGGAUGAUGAGGCAAUGUCCAUGGAAGAAAGAAGAAUGUCCUUAGCGAAAUAUCAGAUGCAUGAUGAAAAUAGCCAGAUGAGCUCUAUUGAUGCAGCAAUAGACAGAAGGAUCCUGGAAAGCAGACUUGCUGGUCGAAUGGCAUUUUAGUUGGGAGGAGAGGAAUGCGUCUUGAGAAGUUCUCUUGGGAUAAAUGUGCAUGCUUUUGUGAUUGCACUACUUACAUGAAUUGGAAAUGGAUUUGGGUCAAUCAAUUUUUAGGUGGGUAUGGCAACCAAGGCAGAUGUAUUUGUGUUGUAUUCUUUUGCGAAGUGAUGCAGAAGAGAGAAGAUAAGUCAUUGUUUUUUAAUCUUAAAUUGUAGUUUCUCCAAAAAAAAAAAACUGUUAGGAUAUAAAUUUUGAGUUAUUAUCAUUGUGGAUUGGUUGGUUUCUAAUAGGAUAUUCAUUUGAGUUUAUUAUAGAUAAUGAAUUUUAUUGAAGGAAUUGGAAUGUGAUGAUAUUUGAAGAGAGAGGAUGUAUGUCCCAUUUUUGAUCAAAAAAUGGAAGAGUAUAUAAAUGUAUUAUUUCAUACAUGCAUACAUAAGGCGGUCAAGUUUCUUUUUUCUUUGCAGGUCCCUGUACUUUUCUCUCUCGUUUUGUAAUCCCGAGGAGUGUUAUUUUGCUGCUGGGCAGUGGCUGUAGGGCCGACCGUCACCCCCCCCGUUCCUUCUGUUUCUCUGCUCCAGCUGGCCGGCUGUCAACCUUAGGGCCGACUUCGGUCCCCCCUUUCCCUUCUUUUGUCCCUUUUCCUCUUGUUCCACUCUGACUUUUCUUCGCUUCCCCUUCCUUGCUGCUACUUUUGUUUGAGUCCAGUGUGGUCUCCGGUGGGGUUGCCGUUGCAGACCAUGUCGGAAACAGUUGGCUUGGUUUCUCUCUUGCCACCCUGUCUCAACCUUCACUUUCUUCUCUCUCCUUCCUACUACCGGCACCCUUGUUUUGCCGGCCUUUUGUUUUGGUUUGAUAAUUUUGGCCUUGGGUCUUCUUAUGGCCCCUCCCUCGAAGGAAAUUUCUGGAGUCGGUUAGGACUCACUUUUCUUAGAUCCUCUGUGUCUCGACUCACUCGAGUUCUUUAUGAUCUGCCUUCUUGAGGCCUGAUUGAAUUGUUUUUGUUUCUUGUUUGAUGUGUUGGUUUAACAUUCCGAGCUUUCGGGAUGGACAAUUUCAGUCUUUAGUAGGUACACUGCACCAGUCAAUGUGUUCUGUUUUGGUGGCUGAGGUCUUUUGUUGGAGCAGAAGCUUUUGACGUGACUUGUAUUUGUGGUGGAGGCGUUCUUGUUCGGCGUUUAUUCCUAGGAUUAGACGGUUUUCCGAUAUUGCUUGCCUUUUGCCUAAGUUUCAUAUCGCUUUUCUCUAAUUUGUUCUUUGAGCGGAUGUUUCAAUGUGGUGAAACUUUUUGCUUUUUUUCUUUGUAUGAAUUAUAAAUCAAUGGAAUAAAAAUCUAGAUAAAAUGCGUUUGGAGAA